UUAAUGUAUUAUCAAAAUAUUGGGUCUGCUUUCACCUGCUGAAGGAGUCGUAAUUUUGUUUUAGAAGACGUCGGUGAUAGCUAGCGCCAUCUACGAAACCGCGGUGAAAGCACGUCUUUGCCAGUCGUAGGCGUCGUAGGCGUCAGCUGGCGCCAUCUACGGAACCGCGGUGAAAGCACGUGUUUGUCAGUCCAGCGCUUUGGUCAGUCUCUCCGCUCACGUGCGCUCCGCGGAUCGGGUGUUUACGCAAGUGUUAUCAUGGAGAUUAAGGUUGGUGCAAGGUUUGUGUCGUACGACGAAUUUGAUAGGGCUUUGCGGAAGUUGCAGCGGCAGACAAACGCAUUGUUCGUCAAAAAGACUACAAAAUCAGUAGAGGUUGUCAAAGCACACCUGGCUUCCGGAGCUGUUGGGUUGGACAGAAAAUUGAAGUUCGCCAACGCAACAUUCACAUGCAAGCACAGCGGUAACCAUAGAACAAGGGGCACGGGGAUACGCCCAAACCAGAGAACAAUGAAGAAUGACUGCGCGGCUGGAAUUGUGAUUGCUGCCAGGCGUGCAAGCCAAGAGCUGGAACUCACCUGUGUUAUGCUAGAACACAAUCAUGAAACCACAUCUGAUAUGUUUGCCUCCUAUCCGGAGAGCAGGAAGCUGAAUGACAAUGAGGCGAAGCUUGUGCAUCCACUCCUUGAGAUGAACGUGCCACCCAGCCUCAUCGUACAGAAGCUCAAGGAAGACACAGGAAAAGUAAUCAUUGCAAAGGACGUCCAGAACAUAAAAACUAGCAAGAGCAGAGGAAAUGAUGUAGAAAAGCUCACGCAAGUAAUCUGCGACCUUCGUGAAAAAGAAAAGGCAACAGUUAUUUCAAUUACAGAUGAAAACAAAGAGCUCCAGGUUCUCUACGUGCAAACAAGACAAAUGCACAGGAUGUUUAGUUUACCCGAGGUUUUAAUCCUAGACGCCAUGUACCGAACUAACAAGCACAGAAUGCCUUUGUUUGUGUUCAUGGUUGAAAAUGGCGCAGGUGCCAGCCAUGUCGUCGCAUAUGCCUUCGUUGCAUCCGAACAACAACAUGUUGUCACUAAGCUGCUUGAAACUUUUGUUCAUGCAAAUUCAGCUGCAGCUCGCACUAAUGUUGUCAUCGUGGACAAAGACUUCACAGAAAUAGCUGCAAUACGAGAAACGUUUCACUCAAGACCUGCUGUGCAGCUCUGCCAAUUUCAUGUGAUGAAGGCUUUCCGGGCAGCUUCCGGAAAGUUGGCACAUUCGGCCGAAGAAAGGGAGAGAUUAGUCGCCAGCUUCAGUGAAAUGGUAAAUGCCCCAAAUCCAGAAAAAUUUGAAGAGGCACAGACAGACUAUUUACGACACGCCAAUGCUCAAGCAUGUACUUACUUUGAGAAAAAUUGGAGAAACAUUCCGAACAUGUGGGCAAGACACCUCUGUGACAAGGAGUUCACUGCAGGUGAUAACACCACCAACAGAGUUGAAUCUCACAACACCAAGAUCAAGCAAAUUUUGUCAUCAUCUGACAAAUUACACGAGGCACUGAGGGGCGUUGUCAAGCUGUCAAGUGCACUCACGCAAGAAGCUAGACAUCGUGCAUGUGUCGUGAAAACAUCAACAUUUUACUCGUAUGACGCCUCAAGUAAUAUUGAAGCCAUAUGUGCCAAGAAGUUGACUCCUUAUGCUUGUUCUACAAUUUACAAAGAAGCUGCCAAAGCUAGAAAAGCACCUCCGGAAAUACAGCAACUAGAGCCAGCUGUUUAUACUGUUUCAAGUGCUUGUGGCACCUGGCAUGUAGUUUCAGAGAAAACUUGCACGUGCACAUGCACCACCUUUUCUAGGAUGGGGCUACUGUGUGGGCACAUUCUGGCUGUGUAUGAAAGAACUGGUGCUGUGCCUGAACUGUCCAAAUUUGUCAAACCACGAUGGUUCAAGUUUUAUCACCUCAGAGUCAUGGCUGCUGACAACAAUGCUGAAGAGAAUUGUGAUGCAUCACAAGAAAGCACGGGACCACUAACUAUGCCAGUGCCAGCAUUUCAUAAAAUGAACAGAAACCAACUAUUCAAUCAUGCGAUGAGGACACUGAAUACAAUAGCAGAUUUCUUUGCCGACUCUCCGCAUGAGGUCUUUGCGGCCCGACUUGAAAUUCUCGAGAAUGUUUAUGCAGAAUGGCUUACAGAAAAGUCCUCAGGUUCUGCUAGACACGUUGAGCAAACUAAAGCUAACCAGCAAACCAGCAGAGCUGACUCCUCUGUGCUGCCACAAGCCCCUUCCACUCUGCCACAAGCAACUUCCACUCUGCCACAUGAGCCUUCCAUUCUGUCACAAGCAACUUCAGUGCUACCACAAGCCCCUUCUACGCUGCCACAAGCCCCCUCCAGCCCCUCACAGCACAGACUUCCACUUGCGAAGCCGAGAGGGCGCCCGAAGUGCACGUCUGUGCAAAGAAGCAAAAUGCCAAGGCAACUGUCCGAAAUUGCUGCAACACCAUUUGUGCAGCUGGCUGAGAUUGCUCAACAUAAGAUUCUCUUGACGGAAUUUGUGGGGGAGGCUACUGCCAGCAAGGUGCUAGACCAUGGCUACAUCAUUGAUGAGGCCGAUGUUGAAGUACAGCCAGAGUUGCUCCCAAGUGGACUUUUGGAUUAUCGAGUUCAGAUGCGGCAACUGCUGCCGUACUUUUCGGGCGAUGCCUGGCUGCUACUUACAUCUGCAGUUUGUACCAAGAAGAAAAACGAACUGUGGUUAUGCCAUACCUGCAAAGAAAAGGACAGUGGCGAGAUCAAAAUGAUUUGCUGUGACCACUGCCUGCAAUGCUUUCACUGGACUUGUGCUGCAGUCAAGCAAGCAGAUGCAAAGAAGAAGUUGUGGUUCUGCAGGCCCUGCAGCGACAACGGCAGAAUUUAG